CUUUCAUUUUUACUUCCUUCGUGUUGUUGGCUAGCAAACCAUAUCGCKGAAAAGACAGGUUUUUGAUCAGAGAAGUAAAUAUGGGUACGGUGGAAAGCAAAACGACGCGGGUCGAGGAAAGUACUGAAAAAGACACAUUUUACCAUUACACCGACGACCAAGGCAUUGAAGGGAUAAAAAGGGAUAAAAUAAUAAGACCAUCUACCGACCCAAGCGACAUGAUGAUCGGAAAAGGGGUCUACUUGACAAAGAUCCGUCCUGAUGAGAGCAAAACAGCAAUAUUACGCAAUAACUAUGAUGGCUCUCGCCCUUCCACAAACAUCGAUAGAGCAAAGAAUGUUAUUAAAAUUACUUUGCCUACUAGUGAAGUAGAAAAAGCACAUGGCUCCCGUGAUGUCUACAAAUACAAGGAUGAAGAUGGUCUCGACCUUAGAAACUAUGACCACGAAAUCAUUAAACGGGACUAAGAUCAGCGCAGAUGUGGAACUUAAUUUGCCGCGUCAAAUCUCAGCUAUAUGCCUAUGAGUAGAAUGAAUUAGUAGAAGUACGUAUACAAAAACUCUACACAUGCUGUCGGCUUCUGGUGCUAAGCAAAAUAACUGAUAGUCUUAUAUAGUACGGUUCUCAGCUUUUCGUAGCCGCUGGCCUCAAAAGCAAUAAAUUCGACGCGGCAAAAGCCUCGGCGACUAAAACUAAGAUAACUAUGAUUACUCUAGAAGUACAAGUGGUAUUUCUUUAAUUGUGCAUGUUAGAUUGCAAAGGCGCAGCUUAAGUAUAUUUGGGUUAUCUUCUCAGUAUUAUCGGACUCCUUGUUUUAAUGAUUAGCUUUUGUUGUUCAACUGCCUGCUAUAGCGAAUUUGGCUUUCUGCUUACCGUAUUAUGUAAUGACCAAUAAUUUUCGCUUUUUAGCUUAUGCUUUUAGAAAGUGAAUAAAAUAAUGAAAUAGAACCCAUUAAAAAUUAUCUUGGAUGCCAGCUGAACACAAUUACACAAAUGAAGUGCCCGGAAAAAAGUGCCUGAUUUCCCCCUGUUAACCUUGAAUCUCAUAUAAUUUUACAAGUAGUCUAUAUCCCCCAACUUUCUACCAGUUAAACCCCCUUUUCCAUUGAAAAAGGGCGCAUUACGUGGUGGGAAACACAUAGACUGUACCCCUCUAUAAAGUCACGUUAACAGUUCGUGUUACUUGGAAACCCUGUAACGCACUAUGUUAAUUCAAUUUUUCUUUUGACUAAUCGAUAUAGCUAUAUAUCGAUUAGUCAUUGCAAUCAUUGCAACUCUGCUCAUUGCAUUUAGAGACUUAUAAUAACUAAAAGCUACAUUUAUACCUGACCAAAUUAAGCAACUUCUAUUUAGAGCUCACUUACGCACGUACGUCCUUUCUCUACGUCACUGAUACGACUUUUAGUGAUUUUGGUAACCCUAACAAGUUGACAAUAAAGACAAACUGUAAUAAAGAAGACAUUAAUUAUGACAAUAACUCUCUCUAAACGUUUGCUAUGAUGUUGGUAUUAACUAUUCUUUAUAGAUACGCCACUGAUAUGACAUUUAAUGAUUCUGG